GUUCCUAAACGUGAGUCAACUAUAAAUACUCAUGGUUAUUAUAAAUUCCUUCCAAGUAAUAUGUUAUUCUUUCUUCAAAGUUACGGACUCUGAAAAUGCAGCAGGACCCCGGACAUCUUACUGUGGCUUCUUUAUCAUCAUUAAGAAGUCUCAGAACGAGUUUCUGGAAAGACCCCUGAAGAUUCUUAUCACUCUGACUCAUGUUUAAUGUGCUUCAUAUCACGAGUAUUACAGAACAGCUAAAAAAACUCCCACUUCUCUGGUGCCUAAAGCCAAAGAGACAGUCAUUUGGGGCACACCAAGUACUCAAUUCUUCUGCUUUUUUUUUUUUUUUUUUUUUUGAGGCAUAAUACUAGUAGACUAUCAAGAAGUUUAUGGCUUCUACAUACAGGGCACAGAGAAGGUCGAAUCGAGCCAGAAGGAAGUGUUGACGGUACUGCAAACAUCUUCAAGUACAGUUCUCUGACCUCCCAAAUGACCUUAAGUGUCUGCUAAAAAGUUUUGUUUGCAAAUAUUUGUCGAGGACAAAGCAAGUGACAUCAUUUUCUAGCCACUGACAUCAUUUUGAUCCCGGGACCAGUGGUGGCUGUGUUGAGGGCAGAGGAAAGCUCCCCCCAUCGACCUCUCCUGUUUCUCAGUGUGUGGGCUCCGCGUGUGCUCAUUUGUCUCAUCCUCAUCUGUACAGUUUUCCUUAAUCAUAAGAGCUUGCGAUGCAAGAACUCUGCAUAUUUGACCUCUUAUAGGGUGAAGAGAAAACCAAGCAUGCCCUUUUAAUAAAUGAAAUUUUGCGACGAUGAAAAAGAUUUCGCCAUCCAGUCAGCAGAGGCCGGCGUAGUCAGGGGACGCAGCGUGCGUCCGCUGUGGGGUCGGGGGCGGGGCGGCCGCGGCGGGGCCCAGAGUGGGCGGGGCCCAGAAUGGGCGGGGCGGGGCCCUCCUGCUGGGUAGCCCGGGCGGGAGCGCACCGCUGGAGUGCGGGGGCCCGUGGCCCAGCGGACGUUGGCUUCCGUGGCCCCACGGACGUUGGCCUUCAUGGCCUUGCAGCAAAAUCCUUAUGAUUUCAAGUUUUUGCUGAACUUGUAAAAGAGGCACUUGAAUGAUGGAUUAAUAAGAACAUUGAAAUUCCGUGAAAAGUUUCAAAUUGGAGAAUCCUGAACGUUCAUUCCGGUCCAGCAGUUCUGCUGGUCAUGUAAAUACAGAUGAAUGAAGACUCCAUUCGGGAAAACAGCUGGCCAGCAGUCCAGAGCUGAUGCAGGCCAUGCUGGUGUAUCUGCAAGCAAGAUGAAGAAAAGGACGUCCCACAAAAAACAUUGGAGCAGUGUAGGGCCCAGCACACCUGUUUCCCAGCCCGCACGGAGCAUCAUAGGCUGCAGGAUUCGGCAUGGGUGGAAAGAGGGGAACAGCCCUGUCACCCAGUGGAAAGGAACCGUUCUGGACCAGGUGCCUGUAAAUCCUUCUUUGUAUCUUAUAAAAUACGAUGGAUUUGACUGUGUUUAUGGACUAGAACUUAAUAAAGAUGAAAGAAUUUGUGCACUUGAAAUCCUCCCUGAUAGAGUUGCAACAUCUCAAAUCAAAGACGCACACCUAGCCGACACAAUGAUUGGCAAAGCAGUGAAGCACAUGUUUGAGACCCAGGAUGGCUCUAAAGAGGAGUGGAGGGGAAUGAUCCUAGCACGUGUCCCCAUAAUGAACACGUGGUUUUACAUCACCUAUGAGAAAGAUCCUGUCUUGUACAUGUACCAACUCUUAGAUGAUUAUACAGAAGGUGACCUUCACAUUAUUCCUGAUUCAAUUGAUUCAUCUCCAGCAGAAAGGAAACCAGGAGAAAUUCUGGACAGCCUGGUAGGCAAACAAGUGGAAUAUGCCAAAGAAGAUGGCUCUAAAAGGACUGGCAUGGUCAUCCAUCAAGUAGGGACCAAACCUUCUGUCUGUUUCAUCAGAUUUGAUGAUGAUUUCCAUAUUUACGUCUAUGAUUUGGAAAAUGUUCUAGAUGUCAUCACGAACUUUGCCAAAUUUAUGGAACUAUAUUAA